UCUCCACAUCUCUCCCUGCUCUGUGUUUCCUCACCAUCUCAUCUCUUCAUUGGUCCAUAUUCUCAGUCACUGACUGAAACAGCAGAGAAAUUGAACUGGGUUGUGGUCCGGAACAGGUUGACAGUAGAUUCAUAAAUAGGAUGUCGAUAGUGAAUAUUGUUGCCAGGGAGAUCCUGGACUCCAGAGGAAACCCUACUGUGGAAGUAGAUCUGCAUACAGACAAAGGUCUGUUCAGGGCUGCUGUGCCCAGCGGUGCGUCCACCGGCAUCUACGAGGCUCUGGAGCUCCGAGAUGGAGACAAGACUCGCUACAAGGGCAAAGGUGUAACCAAGGCUGUAGGUCACAUUAAUGACACCCUUGGGCCCGCCCUUGUCCAGUCGGGAAUCAGUGUGUUGGAGCAGGAGAAACUGGACAACAUGAUGAUUGAAAUGGACGGCACUGACAACAAAUCUAAGUUUGGGGCCAAUUCUAUUCUGGGAGUAUCACUUGCCAUAUGCAAAGCUGGCGCAGCAGAGAAAGGUGUCCCCUUGUACCGUCACAUUGCUGAUCUUGCAGGAAACGCAGAGCUGGUCCUACCAGUUCCUGCAUUUAAUGUGAUCAACGGGGGCUCCCAUGCUGGUAACAGACUGGCUAUGCAGGAGUUCAUGGUACUUCCUGUCGGGGCGGAGUCUUUCCGUGAUGCUUUGCGUGUGGGGGCUGAGCUUUACCAGACACUGAGAGGUGUCAUCAAGGAGAAGUACGGUCAGGAUGCUACAAAUGUGGGAGAUGAGGGAGGGUUUGCCCCAAACAUACAGGAGAACAGUGAAGCCCUGGAGCUGAUAAAGACGGCCAUAGAGAAGGCGGGCUUCACUGACAAAGUGGUCAUAGGGAUGGAUGUUGCUGCUUCAGAGUUUUUCAUUGAGGGCAAGUACGACCUGGACUUCAAGUCUCCACCCAACGCUGCCCGCAACAUCAGUGCUGAGGAGCUGGCCAGCAUCUACCAGGGCUUCAUUAACUCUUAUCCAGUCGUGUCCAUUGAAGAUCCUUUCGACCAGGACGACUGGCCUGCUUGGUCACAGUUCACAGGCUCAGUGGGCAUCCAGGUGGUUGGAGACGAUCUUACAGUCACUAACCCGCGCAGGAUUCAACGAGCCGUGGAGGAAAAGUCCUGCAACUGCCUGCUGCUUAAAGUCAACCAGAUUGGCUCUGUCACAGAGGCCAUCAAGGCGUGUAAGCUGGCCCAGGAGAACGGCUGGGGCGUGAUGGUGAGCCACCGCUCAGGAGAAACAGAGGACACUUUUAUAGCUGACCUGGUGGUUGGUCUCUGCACUGGACAGAUCAAGACCGGAGCUCCCUGUCGGUCAGAACGUCUGGCCAAAUACAACCAGCUCAUGAGGAUCGAGGAAGAGUUGGGUGACCAGGCCCGCUAUGCUGGGCACAACUUCCGUAACCCCAGUGCCCUUUGAGUGCCAGUGCUGAAGGCAGUGACACACAAGAAAGCAGAAUGCAAACAAACCAUGUUAUAUUUCCAUCACAGGUACAUAGUAAUGAGAUAAUGACUCAUCCGUUUCAACAAAGCUUUAAACACACUAAGACACAUUUAAGACUAAUUAGUUUUCAAGUAACUUAAACACAUAGAUAAUGCAGUGUAGUUACAGUAUAUUGACCUGACGCUUCAGCAAGUGAUUGACUUUAUUGACUACAACCGGUUGCAGCAAACCCUGAACACCUGGUGGAAAAAAUUCUGUGUUUCACCUUUCAGCACAGACUCACACUUCCCUUAUUGCACUUGUUAGUUUCUUUCUCUUUCCUGGUCCCUCUGAGCGUCUCAUCACGGCUCACUGCAGAUAUGUUUUGAUCUUCUGUGCCCUGUUGUUUCCUCUUCCUCCUGUUCCUCAUGUUGUUUCUGAUGUGAACACGAAGCAGCUUGCUACACAAUUGUGUCUGUUACUUUGUCCGUCUAAGGUUAAGCUCAAUAAAGACAAGGAUACAUGUCAA